AUGCCGCCAUCACAGUCAUUGGCAUCGUCGUGUCUGGUGGUGACUAAUAAUAUUAAAUCGUUGCAAAAGGAAUUAUCUCGUAGAAUAAAAGAAGUAAUUGGAAUGGUGGUAAGUGAUACUCAGUGCACUUUUAUCAAAGGAAGACAGAUUUUCAAUGGGAUCCUUAAUAUGAAUGAGUUAAUCCAUUCAAUGAAAAAGAAGGAGAGAAAAUGGGGCAACUUGAUAUUCAAAUUGGACUUCUCUAAAACGUAUGAUUGCGUCCAAUGGGAUUUCCUAGAGGAAGUUCUACUGGAAAUGGGAUUCGGAGAGAGGUGUACAUGGUGGAUGAUGGAGUGUGUAACGACGGCUAGAGCAACAGUUUUGGUUAAUGGUUCGGUCACAAACAAAUUUAGAGUGGGAAAGGGACUUCGUCAAGGUGAUCCAGUAUCGCCUUUCUUAUUUAUUCUGGUAAUGAAGGUGUUGCACUUGAUGUUGGAUAGAGCUGAAGAGUUGGGGCUUAUUGGAGGAAUUUAA